AUGGCAUCAACAUUGCCAUAUCGACCCUCGAACGACUCCUUAUCCACCUCCAAUCCGAAGACCGAUGGAUUGCCUCGACUUUCUCCCGCAGCCUCCUUCAUAGGCCGUUCCCCAAGUGGCUCUCAAUUGUCCUAUCGACGCACAUCGGCCGAAAAUGCAGUGGGCUAUAGGCAGCGUAGAUGCAAGUCACAAUACCCACUAGACUCUCCAGAGCGCCAUGUCGAAUAUAUCCUGGUGGCUUCAUUUCAUAUUGAUCGGGGCCCGAUAAUGGAACAUCAAUAUCCGGCAGCGAUCAGUGGAGAUGAAAGCAUGUUGGCAGAACUCAUGCUGCCUGAUCAAACGCAUGUGCGUAGUCAGGAUUGGACGAUCUUCUUUCUACACAAGGAUACCAGUGGUGAGGAAGAUGAUCAAGACGACGAAGAAACAGAACUUGGAAAGAAGAAGAAGAAGCGAAAGUCCAAAUAUCAUGCAAAUGAGGAGGCCGCUCAUAUCCAGGAUGAGAAUUUGGAUGAUGCCGACGACUCGGACAGGGAUAGCAGUGACGACGAAGAGGGCGGAGAAGGUCCGCCCUUGAUGUAUGUGCUCAACUUGGUCAAUACGAAGCAAGAUCACACAGUCAGGAGGUGCAGUCGUGAAGGCCAUGGCCAUUUGUACGAGACAUUCUUUUCUUCACAUUUACAAGCGCUCGAAGACUACUUCAAAUCACCAUAUCCUGAGACCCUCGCGUCGCUCUAUGAUGCCGUGAAUGCCAUGGAUCUCUCCUUGAUGCCAAAAAUGUCUCUACUCGAACGUCACAUCUUACAGUCCAGCAAUACGAAGGAGAUGUUCAUUGAGAAGUUUGAACAGAUGGUUCGUCAGCGGGAGGAAGAGGAGAUGGAGAAUGGAGAUGUUCCGCCAUCCCCAAAGAAAACAAGCCGAUAUGUCCUGCCACGGGAUACGCAUGAGUUCGAGUCAAGGGUGGUAUAUAACGAUAUACCUAUCCCGGUCAAGAUUCCAACAGUCAUUUGGCCCGAGACCGUGGGUGACUUUUCUCUUAUCAAGCUUAUUCAGACUUUCGCCGGUCCACAUGCGACUUCUCCUCAGCCUUUCCCAAACCAUCCUCAUUUAACUACUAGUGGCCCUCUCACUCACCCGAUCAUCAUUCUUGUCAAUGCCAUUCUCACUCAGAAGCGUGUGAUUUUCCUGGGACAUAAUCGUCCAUCUGGAGAGGUUGCUGAGGCGGUUCUGGCAGCCUGUGCACUUGCAUCAGGUGGCAUAUUGCGUGGCUUCACCCGGCAUGCCUUCCCCUACACUGAUCUCACCAAGAUUGAUGAUCUUUUGAAAGUUCCAGGUUUUAUCGCUGGUGUCACAAACCCAACUUUUGCCAAUCAUCCCGAAUGGUGGGAUGUACUUUGCGACUUGCCGACAGGUCGAAUCAAAAUUUCCAGUCAUGUCGAGGCCGCGCCUGUGACGGAAGGUCUGUUGUUUUUUCAGCAGCAGAACUCCCUUCUCCCAAACCAACCAUCCAAUGCCAACCAGGAUCCUACUGGUGAUAACUUGUUUGUUGAGGACAUUUUGCGCAGUAUCAGCAAUCGUUAUGGUGAGAAUGCGAUCAGAGCCAAAUGGCGCGCGUAUAUUAUGAAAUUUACUCGCGUCGCCGCGGCCUUUGAAGAAGCCGUGUAUGGGGCUUCGAAUCUUUACAUUAUUGGUCCUGGGGAGGAGUUAUCCCCGGAUAGCCCUACUGGUCAACAGGCUGAUGCCUCAGACCCUUCUUCGCUCCGAGGCCAUGGCUAUGUAUGGCCGGAUGAAUCAGCGAAGCAACGUGAGCUUUCAGCAUCGGUAUCAAGGAUAGAGGGCUGGCGAAACACUCGAUCAUAUUAUUCGCACAUCCAAGAUAUCGCUGCGAUGUACUACCCUGCACGUCCUAUUCAGCGCCCUGACUUGCACCACCACCAUGACCGCUUGCGAUCCUUGAAGCUUUCCCACUCGGAGGCGGGAGCUAUCUAUCUGGCCCUUUCGCAUGUAGUCAAAGACUAUGCUGGCAUUUGUCAACUAUUGGCAGUUGCCCCGGAGAAUCAGGCUGGCCUAUUCUACCUCAGCAUGGGUCUCUUCCAUCCAGACCAGGCUGUACGCGAGGCAACAUGUGAUUUACUAGAUCGUGUCGCAUCUCACCCAGCUGGACGGCAUUUCUGGACUCACCUCAGCCGCUUUGCAAAGCUGGGUUAUUUCCGUGUCAAGCGAGAUCGCGAUGCUGCGCAGAGUCCUGGUUCCGGCUCUGCUUCUCCUGUCCCUACAAACACCGGUACUAGUUUUGGUGGUGAGCCACAGAGUUUGGUCGGUGUCGCUCUUGGGGGUAGCCUCAAUCGUAGAAGCUGA